AUGUUUAUGCUGGUCAAUGUCUUGGCUGCCUACAACUUUGUCAUGGCCAUAAUGGUUGGACCUGGCUUCCUCCCCAAGCAGUGGAGACCACAGCACAGCAGAGACUCUAAAUAUUUGCAAUACUGCCGGAAGUGCGAUGGCUUUAAGGCACCUCGAUCGCAUCAUUGUCGUCGUUGCAAUCGCUGCGUCAAGAAGAUGGAUCAUCAUUGUCCCUGGAUUAAUCAUUGCGUCGGUUGGUCGAAUCAAGCUUAUUUCGUUUACUUUGUGUUCUUCUAUAUGCUGAGCAAUUUGCAUGCUGCUGUGGUUCUGGCUCUAAGUGGAUCGAGCUACUUUAUAGAACACAGCAUCAGAAGACGACGCUUCGGCAAUAUCUUUGGCUUGUCAAUGUGCUUGAUUUGCUUUAGUCUUGCCUUGGGAAUGGUGCUUUGUAUGAUCAAAUUGCUUUGCAUGCAAUUGCGUAUUGUUUUUAAAAAUAUGACGAGCAUUGAACAAUGGAUUGUGGAGAAGGCGAACAAUCGACGCUGCUGCAAGCAGCACAAGCUGGAGCCGUUUGUUUAUCCCUAUAACUUGGGUUGGUAUUUCAAUCUCGGGCAGGUGUUCAACAUUGAGGCACAGACACGUAGCCGGGGCAUCGAGUGGCCAGUGCGCAAAGGUUGUGAUCAGUACACUUUGACAAAGGAGCAGAUCGCACAGAAGAAAGAGAAGCUCGAACGUUCGAGGAUUUACAGAUGCAUCAGGCGAUCGACGGGAUAUUGGUUUCCCAUUUUCUCGCAGGGUUUGAUGGCCACUGUCUGUGUACCCUGCGCUGAUGAUCCGCGCAUCUGUGUGGAGCUCAAUGAUCUGAUCAGAGUGACACGAAUUCAAGAUUAUUGGCUGUUUGGUGAGCUGGUGCGUUGCGAACGUGGAGAGCCGCAUAAUAUGCACCGGAGAUGCAUUAGAGGUUGGUUCCCGAGUCGUUGUGCCAUUGAUGUUACAGAGCAGAUGGAUGCCAAAGAGUUGACAGAAUUAAAGAACAGCCCAAGCAAGAUAAAACAGAAAUUAAAUCAGGAUUAG